AGGGGUGUUACAAUCGGCCACGGGAGCCGCGGGCCGCGCACCUCGAGAUUCGCCGGCCGAACAAGGCAAAUCACUGCGCGUUCACCUCCGUCCACGCCGAGUUCCGCGGCGGCUGCCAACGCGCGUGUGGCCACCCCUCCCCUUCCCCUUUUCCCUUACCCAUAAAUCCUCGCCGGGGAAGCGACGCAACCGGGCCGGCCACCGACCAACGAACGUGAACGCUUUGCUGCUUGACCUGAUCGCCAUGGAGACCGCGCCGAUGCUGCUGCUGCUGCAGCGCGCGGCCGCGCCGCCGUCGGGGUGGCGCCGGCAGGCCGUGCGGGGGCAGGACGGACGCGGCGCGCCGAACAGGGUCGCGUUCCGACGGGCGAGGCAAGGUGGCGGCUGCAGGGACCUCAGGGCCGCCGGGCUCGGCUGGUUCUUCGGCGGCGGCGGCGACCACAACAACAAGAACCACGAGGUGGACGAGUUCGCCCCGGCGAGGCUGUUCGUGGGCCUGCCCAUCGACUCGGUCACGGACGGCGCCACGGUGAACGGCGCGGCGGCCGUCGCGGCCGGGAUACGCGCCGUCAGGCUGCUGGGCGCGGACGGCGUGGAGCUGCCGGUGUUCUGGUCGGUGGCGCAGCCCGAGUCCCCGGACAGGUUCUCCUGGGCCGGGUACCGGGCCGUGGCGGACAUGGUGCGCGCCGAGGGCCUCAGCCUCCGCGUGUCGCUCCGCGCCCACGGCACGCCCGGCGGCGGCGUCCCGACGCUGCCCGCGUGGGUGAGCGGCGUCGCCGCCGACGACCCCGACAUCUUCUUCACCGACCGCUCAGGUGCGCGCCACGAGGGCUGCCUCUCCUUCGCCAUCGACGAGCUCCCCGUGCUCCACGGCAAGUCCCCGCUCCAGCUCUACGAGGCCUUCUUCCGCAGCUUCGCCGCCGCGUUCGAGGACUUCUUCGACGACUCCACCAUCACCGACGUGACUGUGGGGCUGGGCGUGCACGGCGUGCUCCGGUACCCGUCGUACCCGCCGGGCAGCGACGCCGGCAAGUUCACCGGGGUGGGCGAGUUCCAGUGCUACGACAAGUACAUGCUGGCGCAGCUGCGGCGCGAGGCCGAGGAGGCCGGGAACGCCAUGUGGGGGCUGUCGGGGCCGCACGACGCUCCGCGCUACCACGAGUCGCCGAACUCGUGCGGCUUCUUCCGGGAGCGCGGCGGCUCGUGGGAGACCCCCUACGGCGACUUCUUCCUGUCGUGGUACGCCGGGCAGCUGGUGGGGCACGGCGACCGCGUGCUGGGCGUGGCGAGCGCCGUGUUCGGCGGCAAGCCGGCGGAGCUGUCGGCCAAGAUCCCGUUCAUGCACUGGUGGCACGGGGCGCAGUCGCGGCCGGCGGAGCUGUCGGCCAAGAUCCCGUUCAUGCACUGGUGGCACGGGGCGCAGUCGCGGCCGGCGGAGGUGGCGGCGGGGUUCUACAAGAGCAACCGGAAGAACGGGUACAGCCCCGUGGCCAAGAUGUUCGCGCGGCACGGGUGCACGAUGGUGGUGCCGGGCAUGGACGUGUGCAUGAACAAGCAGCACCACAGCGCCGGGUCGAGCCCCGACCAGCUUCUGGUGCAGAUCAAGAACGCGUGCCGGCGCCACGGCGCGCGCAUCGCCGGCGAGAACGCGUCGCUGGUCAUGACGCACACCAGCAGCUUCUCCCGCAUCCGGAGCAACAUCCUCACCACGGAGCUCAUGCGCCCCUGCCACUUCACGUACCAGCGCAUGGGCGCCGACUUCUUCUCGCCGGACCACUUCCCGCACUUCAUGGAGUUCGUGCGCAGCGUCGUGUGCGGCGAGUGGAACGAGGACGACGGGCCCGCCGACGAGGACCGCGCCAUGGCCGCCGCCUCAGGCAGUGCCAAGGCUGCAACGGAGGCUUGACUAUCACCUUUAAUUUCCCUCCAAGUAAUCUCCGGCCGGUGUACAGCAUUAUAUAUGUGCAUCAGUGUCUGUCUGUCGCUACCGGGCAAAUAUAUACUUGCAAACCUGUACUGGUAAAUACGACUAGUGUUAAUUUAUUUAUUAGCUGACAAGGCAGAUGAUCCGAGUAUAUAUGAUCUCAUAUUUUCAUUUGAUUGA